AUGACGUCCCCAUACCACCCCUCCGCCCAUCUCCACCACCCUGGAGCCUACGGCGUCCCCCACCACAAUGCUCCCCCCGGCACCUUCGCUCCCGGCACAAAGGUCCAGGUCGGCAACCACCGCGCCGUCGUCGAGAAAUACCUGUCCGAGGGCGGCUUCGCUCAUGUCUACGUGGUCAAAGUCCCCAGCAAGUCGGGCGACCGCCUUGACACGGCCGUGCUCAAGCGCGUUGCUGUCCCGGACAAGGAGGCCCUGGCGAACAUGCGCACCGAGGUCGAGACGAUGAAGAAGCUCAAGGGGCACCGCAAGAUUGUCACGUACAUCGACUCGCAUGCCUCGCAGCUGAAAGGAGGCGGCUAUGAGGUCUUCCUGCUUAUGGAGUUCUGCUCCGGCGGCGGCCUGAUUGACUUCAUGAACACCCGCCUGCAGCACCGCCUGACCGAGCCCGAAAUCCUCAAGAUCUUCUCCGACGUCGCCGAGGGUGUUGCCUGCAUGCACUACCUCAAGCCUCCGCUCCUCCACCGAGACCUCAAGGUCGAGAACGUCCUGAUAGCCACCGCGGGCACCUCCAAGGUCUACAAGCUGUGCGAUUUCGGCUCCUCCGCGCCGCCGCGCCCGGCUGCUACGACGGCCGCCGAGGGCAGGUUGAUCGAGGACGACAUCCAGAGACACACCACAAUGCAGUACCGCAGUCCGGAGAUGAUCGACGUCUACAGAAAACAACCGAUUGACGAGAAGAGCGAUAUUUGGGCGCUGGGCGUCUUGUUGUACAAGCUCUGUUAUUAUACCACGCCAUUCGAGGAGCAAGGACAGAUGGCCAUUCUGAACGCAACCUACAAGUUCCCGCACUAUCCUCCUUUCUCCGACCGAUCGAAGAAAUUAAUAGCAUGGAUGCUCAGAGAGAACCCUCAGCAGCGGCCGAACAUCUACCAGGUCGUGCGGGAAGUCUGCUCCAUGCGCAACACGGAAUGCCCCAUCACAGACAUAUACGCGAACAGGUCUCAUUCGGAGGUGCGCAACGCCCAGCAAUUGCCGUCGCCCGAUCCUCAGGUCGCAUCUCCACCUCUGAUUGGCAUCCACAAAGCGGCGCCAGUCCAGCAGGUCCAAGUCAUCCCCGAAGUCACGCCAAUGAGGCGUGGCAGGCCCACAGCGCCGUCGCAACAACCUCCCGCGGCGAAGGCCAGUCCGUCCCCAAUGCGGGCAUUGAACGACCCUUUCGCCGCGUUGGAUUCGACAUCGGCACCUGUGAGAGCUGCAGCGGCCGACGAAUUGGCGUCCAAAUUCCCUUCGCUGGACGAGUUCUCUAUCCUCCACGACCGCGGAAAGGGAUUCCAGUUCUCCCAGCAGCCCUCACCUGUGGAGGCGAGGCACCCCGAACCGGCCAACAAGCGUGUCACGGAAGCGUUGGCUGAUCAGGUGUUUGGUGGUGUUCGUGCUCCGGCCGCAAGUCAACCGCCAGCGCCUUCGAGUGCAUCUUCUGGUCUGUCAAGAUCGUCUUCGUUGAAAAAGACGCAGUCUCAACCUCAGCCUCAGCCGCGCAGAGAAGAGCCAAACCCGUUGCAGUCGCGUAUUUACCAGCCGCAACCUCAGCGUUCUCAGAUGGUCUCCACGGGUACUAAUACCUCACCACCGCCUUCCCCAACCAAAUAUCCAGACAUUAGCCAACGUCCGAUCUAUCGUUUCCCGCCUCCCGGCUCUCAGCCUAGCCAUCAACGUGGCAUCAGCCAAACAAGGACGUCAGAUAACCCUAGAACGACCGCGCAGCCUAAUGUCUCUGCGCCGCAACGACCAUCUUACAUCGACAUGCACCGCUCGAAAUCCAGCACCACGACUUUGACGUUACCGCAAUCUCCGGCCUCGUCACGACCGUCUCUGGAGGGCUCGCGGCCGUCUGUGAUGGACAUCACUGACCCCAUCAACCGCUCCAAGUCCGCAAACUCCCGGGCAAGGCCGUCUAGCGUGCACGUCGAAUCCAAUCUCGAGUACCUGCGUGACCGGGAAAACUCGCGCAACCGCGUCUCCGCCAUCAUCCAGGAUGAAAGCGAGCUGAACCGCGUCCGAUCGCCCUCUAUUCUCGACCAGGACAACGAGCAAGAGAAGAACAUCACCUCCAACGUCGACUUCCUGCGCUCCAUGGAGGCCGAGUCAGACGCGGCCAAAAAGAAGGUACACCGCCGCAGCGGCAGCCAUAUCAGCAAUCACUCCAAGCGGUCCAGCUUCCCGUCCCUCGCCGGCACCAAGAACAUCCUCGCCGGCCGGUUCGGCGAUGCAUUCCGCCGCUUUGAGGGCGGCGGCGGCAACGCGCCGGAAAUGCAGCGCUCGACCAGCCCGGUCCAGUACGACCGCGUGGACAGCGAAUCGGGUGGCCUGGCCCCCAUUGCUGGCUCGGACGUCAUGGGCGAGCGCUCCGAGGACGAGUCGGCCAUCGACGAGACGCAGGACCUGCCCGCCGAGGUGCGGCGCGAGCUUGAGCGGCGGCGCCUCUCGCAGGAGGAAAAGCGCGUCGCCGAGGCCGCGGCCGAGUACCGCAAGCGCGUGGCUGCGGGAGGCGCCGGCGCCAGCGGCGGGCCCUCGCAUGCCUCGUCGAUCCAGAACCGCGUCAAGACGCUGCUGGAGGACAGCCAGCAGAACAGCACCCCGCCCAAGCGCACUGCCGAGGGCUACGGCCGCUUCACGGCAUCCGCUGGCGCCGACAGCAAUAACACCGGCGGCAGCAGUAAUCAGGCGGCGCGCCCGCCCGCCCCCGCCAUCGCCAAGAAGCCGACAGGCAUGUCGGCCGCAUCAGCCUCGCCCGUCAUCGGCGCGCAACAGCAGCAGUCGGAGCUCGUGUACGGCCGCUCGCGACCCUCACAACAACAACAACAACAACAACAACAACAACAACAACAACAACAACAACAGCAGCAGCAGCAGCAGCAGCAGCAAUCGCCCGCCGCAGGCGGCACGUCGUCGACGACCGCGUCUCCCGCGCCCCCGCAAGGCGCGCUCCCGACCGGCUCCUCGGCCGCAUCGAAGCCGCCGCCCGCCGCGCCGCCGAAGCCCAAAGCCCUGCGCACGGGCGGCCAGUUCGGCGCAGGCGGGGAGAUGAUACCGCCGCCGAGCCCGCGCAAGCAGCGACAGCAAGCAACUGGCGACAUUUCAGGCGGCGCGGCGGGCCUAGGCCUCGGCCUACAGAGCGUUGGCGACAGCGCCGAGGACUGGGAGGCCAGCUUCAGCAAGCGCUAUCCCAGCCUCAGCGGCCUGGAGCUCGUCGAGACGGAGGUGCCUGACGUGCAGGUGGGGCGACAGGGCGUGCGGGGCCGGUAG